UCAAUAGUUAACUGAGAGCAGAUCUUAGUAAUUCAAAUCACUUCGGAAGUAAAAUCAGAAGUAAGAUCAUUUUUAAAACCAACAAAUGGCUAGUCCUGCAUGAAUCAAAAGCCUAAAGAAGAUGAAUUAGAACAUGUCUUAAAGCAGCACUACUGUAAAUACCACUGAGCUUGUUUAACAUGAAAUGUUUAGAAAGUAAAAGGGGUCUCUUGGGUUCCAGUCCUAAAGAGCUGAAAUUUCAAGGAUUUAGCAAAAUAUUUGCAAAGUGAUCCAAAGAUUAGGACUCAGAAUAACCCAACAGAUAAGGUGCUAUGUAUGUGCUAAAGUGAAGUUUGCAAAGUGAAACAGUGAGUCAUUUGAUGAAUGCUUUUAUAUAAAGCACUUUACAGUCCUGUGACCCUAUACAGUUUUAUCAGUGGACCCAGCCUCUCCUCCUUUUGAAAAGUUAAGGGGUGGUAAAAGUGUCCCAGUUUAGUGGUGUUGGUGGUGGUGGUGGUGGUGGGCAGGGCCUUCAUGCGUUGUGUAGUUCAGCUGGGUGGACUGCACUGAGAAACUAACGUUCACCACAUGUUUUCUCUACAGCUCAACACCAUGGCUGCUGGUCUCACCGUGGUCUUCUUCUGCUUCUUCUUCUUCCUUCACGUCUUCACCGCUUCAGCACUGGACUCAACCUCUGUGCAAGUCCUCCCCUACAGACGCCCACACCUCACUGGCUGUGUGUCCACCAACAUGGAGACUUUCCGCUGCAGAUGGAAUGUCGGCUCUUUCCAGAAUCACUCCGAGCCUGGAGACCUCCGCUUAUUCUAUAUUAACAAAAAACCCUCUCUAGUCUCACCUAAAGACUGGAGUGAGUGUCCUCACUACAGCACUGACUGGCCAAACGAGUGCUUCUUCAAUGAGAACCACACAUCCAUCUGGACCUAUUACGGUGUCCAGCUCCGCUCGAGGGAUCAAACCGUCCUCUAUGAUGAGUACCUCUUCCACGUUCAAGACAUCGUUGAACCUGACCCACCAGUGGGCCUGAACUGGACCCUGCUCAAUAUGAGUUUGACCGGCGUUUACUAUGAUAUCAUGCUGAGCUGGAAGCCUCCUCAGUCCGCAGACGUGGAGAUGGGAUGGAUGACGCUGCAGUACGAGAUCCAGUACCGUGAUGUCAACUCCGACCUGUGGGAGACGGUCGACCUUGUGCAAAGCACAACUCGCUCCCUUUAUGGGCUUCAAACUAACGUCAAUCACGAGGUUCGGGUCCGGUGCAAAAUGCUCGGUGGGAAAGAGUUCGGAGAAUUCAGCGACUCGAUAUUCGUCCACAUCCCAUCUAAAGUGUCAAGAUUCCCAGUGGUGGCUUUGCUCAUCUUUGGUGCCUUGUGUUUAGUGGCCAUCCUGAUGUUAGUUGUCAUAUCACAGCAGGAAAAGUUGAUGGUUAUUCUUUUGCCUCCUGUUCCUGGACCUAAAAUAAGAGGAAUUGACCCUGAACUACUUAAGAAAGGGAAGCUGAGGGAGUUGACAUCCAUCCUGGGUGGUCCCCCUGAUCUGAGGCCAGAGCUAUACAACGAUCCCUGGGUGGAAUUCAUCGAUCUGGACAUUGAGGAGCAGAAUGACAGACUGACAGAACUGGACACGGACUGUCUCAUGGAGCGCUCCCUGUCCUCCAACUGCUCUCCCCUCUCCAUCGGCUUCAGAGAUGACGAUUCGGGCCGAGCCAGCUGCUGUGACCCAGAUCUCCCCCUCGACCCGGAAAUAUCCCCUUUCCAUCCUCUUAUCCCAAACCAAACCGUCAGUAAAGAACCACCGUGCCUGGGAUCCUCUGAGCCAAGCUCCACAGUCCAGAGCCCGACAGCUGCAGAGCCUCCCUUCGUAUCUCUGGGCAGGGAGGCUUUGUACACCCAAGUGAGCGAGGUGAGGUCAUCUGGCAAGUUGCUGCUGUCACCCGAGGAACAGACCGAGGUGGAGAAAACCACUGGCAAAGAUUCGGAGAAGGACUCCAUCAUGGUGGAGAAGGAGAAAGAAAAGAAAGAAUUUCAGCUCCUGGUGGUGAAUUCAGAUCACAGAGGUUACACCUCAGAGCUCAACGCAGGGAAAAUGAGCCCAAGAUUAUCCACAGGGGAUGUGAGUAAACCCCACCCGACAGAAGGGGACUCGAGUUCUUCGCCAUCCCCAUCUCCUUACUGUGAAUCAGAUACCACCACCGUGUCCCCGCUAGCCCCUGCUCCUGUCUACACUGUGGUAGAGGGUGUUGACAGACAGAACAGCCUCUUACUGACACCAAACUCAACACCUGCCCCACAGCUGAUAAUCCCAAAAGCCAUUCCGACACCAGACGGCUACCUGACCCCAGACCUUCUGGGAAGCGUGACACCGUAGAUCAGCAGUGGACUGUGCAAAAUUAAGACAGUUCAAUCAAAGGCAGAAAUAAGUUUCAGAACAGUCCUGGAGAUUGGUUUUCCCAAGGUUGUGUUUGAAUGUCACCUCACCUAAAAUAGUCUGGGGGGUGGGGGCCAUCUGUGCUUGUCCUGCCACCACCUCUACCUCCUCCGACCUUCCACUACACCUUCUGAGACGGCUUUAAAGUCACCACGGUUGGAAGUUUGGUAUGAACAACGAAGAAAGCACAGGAAUGUCAUUUUACUGCAGUUGCGGAAAGGGAACCAAAGGGAAAUAACACAAGCUGGGGCUAAUUCAAUACUCUGAUCUCGAAAAAACAGGCCUACAACAAUACUUAUUAAAUAAUUGUCUUUGUUAAAACUGCAUUCAUCAAUUUGUGACCACCACAGGACAGAAUAAUCCCCAACAACCUGAGAAACUCUGCCCUAACAUUUUAAUGCCUGAUGUGGUUGUUUUGGUUAAUGCGUUCGCAAACAGGUGCCUUCACACAUCCAGCAGACAACGAGCAAUUCUUUCAUUUAUGUAGAGUUGUGCUUGUGUCCAUUUAAUGGAUGUAAGUCCAGUAUUGUCUCUGCUUUUUAGCUUUGGUUUUGUCUCCUCAGCUCCUGAUAAACAUAUAUGGCCUUUUAGUUGCUAAAGUCUCCACUAUCUUCACCAACUACUCUGUGAUUGUUGUCUGCCAUUUGCUGCUGUGAACUAAAAGAGACUGAAAGCUCUGCAGAGCUGCAGAAUUGCAAGUAAUUCCCUGCUGUGUCUUCACUAUAAGACACUUCGCACAUUGCAGGUGGUCAUUUCUGAGCAUUUUGAGAUAAAAAUAUGGACUAAUGCAGCUUUAAAUGAGAGUAUGUUUAAUUUUACUGUCACAUGCUUUAUUCCAGACAUUUUGUACAUAUCAAAAGCUUUCUUUUUAAUAAAAUCAGGUAAUGUGUAUUGAUAUACGCCAUGAAAAAACAUAAUUUAAUCAUGUGCCUGCUUUUUAUGAAUCACACAUACUGUAUUUAUGCAUUUCAUAAUGUUUUCAUUCCUUUUCAGGCUUUAAGAUUACUACAUUGUUGCAAUGGAAAUGUUACUCAACCAAUAAGAAAGCCAUUGAUGUUUUUAAUACUAAGAUGAACCCCUUAAUAAGCAAAAUAAAGCAUUAGCUGUAGGUAAAAUGAUCAAGUGGACUGGAGCGUAAAAUAUGAUCUUACUUUAAUGCCAUUAUAUAUUGUGUUUUUAAUUUAUGGUCUAAACUGUGAAAUUUUUCCAGAGCUGUUAGCAAAAAUUAUUCGAUUGUCUUAUGGGGAAGUCAUAGUCUAAUGUUCAGUCAGUAUUUUGUUUUUUGUUUUUUUUUGUUUGUUUUGAGUGCAUGAAUUGUGAAUUGGUUUUCGGUUGGUUUCUGGUUAACAGUGUAUUUCAUGCACAUUAAAAGGUUGGGGUACAUGGUCAACAGUUUUGAAUUUUACAGUUAUUGCAUUUUAACUGUUCAAAAGUGUUAAACAUAAAUAACUUUCAUACUUUUGCUUUUGUCUGACUUGUUAUUAAUCUCCACAGCACUUCAAAGACAUAGAUGAUUGAUUGUAGUCAUUGUUUAGAGUGUACUAAGAGGAAUACUCUUGUUUAGAGGCGAAACAAGUACAUUAAAAAAAAAAAAAAAACUUUAUUAAUA